AUGGUUGAAGGAGAACCUGGUACUCCCACAUGGAAGUUCACCCAAUGUUUUGGGGAUAAAGGUGACGUCGAAGACAUCACGGAGGCCGACAUAAUCUCCACUGUUGAGUUUGAUCAUACCGGAAACUACCUGGCGACCGGCGAUAAGGGUGGCCGUGUCGUCCUCUUUGAGCGGAAUGAGACUAAAAAGACUUGUGAAUACAAGUUUCACACAGAAUUUCAGUCCCAUGAGCCUGAGUUCGACUACCUCAAGUCUCUCGAGAUCGAAGAAAAGAUAAACAAGAUCAAGUGGUGCAAGCGCCAGAAUGCCUCCCACUACCUCCUUUCCACAAAUGACAAGACCAUCAAGCUAUGGAAGGUCUUCGAAAAAUCGUUGAAGGUCGUUGCCGAGAACAACCUCUCUCAUGAAUUGACUCCAGGCGGUGUCGGAGGUGGAGGUGCCCCUCGCCCGAACCAUGUCCACUUCAAGGACGCAUCGCAACUGAAGCUCCCACGGAUGACCCAUCAUGAUACAGUUGUAGCCGCUGUUCCUAGAAGAACCUUCGCAAACGCACAUGCUUAUCACAUCAACAGCAUUUCUGUCAACAGCGAUGGCGAAACUUUCAUCAGCAGUGACGAUCUCCGGAUCAAUCUGUGGAAUCUCAACAUCCAAGACCAGAGCUUCAACAUCGUUGAUAUAAAACCUGCAAAUAUGGAGGAAUUGACCGAAGUUAUCACCGCUGCCGAGUUCCACCCACAAAGUUGCAAUUGGUUUAUGUAUGCCAGCUCUAAAGGGACCAUCAAACUGGCGGACAUGCGUGAAAGUGCGCUUUGUGACCAACAUGCGAAACAAUUCGAGCAAGAGGAAGAUCCGUCUUCUCGAUCUUUCUUCUCUGAAAUCAUCUCCUCGAUCUCUGACGUACGUUUCUCACAUGACGGCAGAUAUAUUCUGUCGAGAGAUUAUUUGACGGUCAAGAUAUGGGAUGUAAAUAUGGAGAGACAACCUGUGAAGACGAUCCCUAUCCACGAGCACCUCCGGCCUCGCCUGUGUGACACAUACGAGAACGAUAGCAUCUUUGACAAGUUUGAAGUGGUCUUCAGCGGCGAUGGCAGCAACGUCAUGACUGGCAGCUACAACAACAACUUCAUGAUUUAUCCAUCAGACCCCGAGCAGGAGACUGAAGUCGUUCUUCAGGCCGAUAAAUCAGCCUUCAAGGCAAAGAAGGUUGGAGUGCCAACUCCUAUCAAUUCCACCAGUCCCAAUGGAACCAAGAAAGGAAGCUCUAGAGCUGGAAGUCCUGCAGGAGGCGGCUCAGGCCAGGGUAGUAGAAUGAGAAAAGAGACUGAUGCUGACCAGAUCGAUUUUAACAAAAAGAUCUUGCACAUGAGCUGGCAUCCAUUUGAGGAUAGCAUUGCCAUUGCAGCGACCAACAAUGUAAGUCCCGUCGUUGCUGAUUAA